AUGGCUCGUCGAUCAGCAAGAAUCGCGUCCUCGCAAGAGUCGCAGCCACCAUCAAGUCCUCCUUCGACUUCUCAGAGCUCUUCACCCGCUACGGGGAGGAAGCGCAAAGCUGAGAGUGGAACUUCGCCUGUCGCAAAGCGUGGCAAACAAGAUGACAAGCAGCAAACGACUAUUGAAGAAUCUAUGGACGUUGAGAAAGACGAUGCCCAGCCACCAAAGCCUCAAGUCGCAGAAGAAGAGCCGCAAGAACCAGCAGAAACCAAGGAUGCCCCUGUUAACAAUGACGAGGCUGCGCCAGCAAAGGACGAAGAGCAAAUCGACGACAAGAAAAACGACACCAAUGGUCACGCCACACACGAAGCUGACACCGAGAAGACUGAUACUCAAGACCAGGCACAAUCAGAGCAGCCUAAAGAACCCCAGUCCGACGAGAAACAACCUGCGCAACAGGAAGACAAGCCAUCUACUUCAGACGGUGACAAUGCUGUCCAGCCCUCUGCCCGAGAUGACGAGGUGCCUUCUUCGAUUCAGGAAAAGGGAAUAAUAUACUUCCUCUACCGAGGUCGAGUCAACAUUGAGUCUCCAAAUAGCGUACAGGAUAUAGCUCGUUCAUAUCUCCUCCUACGACCUCUCCCUCACGGCGCCAAGAUUGGUGAUGGCACUAUCGGAGACGAGCACAACUGCCGACUCAUUGUUAUUCCCAAGAAGAUGUUGCCAGUAUCAGGUCGGGACAAGUGGACGGCAUUUGUUGAAAAAUCGAACACAUCGUUUAAAGAGCUUAAGGACACCUUCAUGAAAGGUGAUGACAGACAGACACAAGCUGGCGCAAGCCAUUCACCUGCUGCAACACCAGCUGCUGAAGGUGUAUACGCUAUCACUUCCACUGGUCGCGAUAGUCAUCUAGCAUAUAUCCUCACGCUUCCAGAGAAGCUUGGCGAUGUUCAAAACGACCUGGGUCUUCGACCUCAAGGCUCGUUCGUGGUUUCUGUAAAGAACCCCAAAGCUCCUGGUCCAGCAAAUGCCAAUAUUGGUAUCGACCCUGGCUACAGCAAGGACAUCCAGAGUAUAUUUGGUGGUCUCCGGUGGGCACCUAUGAGGUCAGAUAUGCUCAACUACGAAGGCUGUCAAUUUUUGAUGAUUGGCGAAGAUGGAGGACUGGAUAGCGCUACCGAGGCUCAGGCUGGUGAUGAAAACAAAAAAGAUGCCAAAGAAGAGUUGGAGAAGCUUGAAGGAGAAGAUGAAGUCCGAAUUGAACAUCUAAAAGGUGACGAUGCAAUCUUCGCAGACUUGGGCACAAACGCCAAAGACUACCCCAGUCUCCAGACAACAUGGUAG